AAUAGUGAACAUUUGGUGAGUACGUAUUUCAUUAGAAAAAUUGGUACCCGCCUGGGAUUCGAACACCGGUGCACCGCUUCAACACGAAUGCACUGACCGUCUUAUCCUUUAGGCCACGACGACUUCAAAUUUAUUUAUUUUAAUAAUCUUACGUUGAGCUAUCACAUCUCCAAUUUAUAUUCAAAAGUAACUUGCACGGAACAGGCAAGUUUUACACUUUUAAGCGGCAUUAUGGAUUUGCGAUAGAAAAUAGUCAGGGAAAUGGAAUUGAAUGCUACAAGUAUACGAUCCCAUUAAAAUCUCUUUAAAAUUAACAAGCUAGUCUACUCCGUUAAAGCAAUAACAUUUUUCAAUCCUAUAUUUUCGUUAUUUCGAGGUCCAUUCAAGCGAAUAUUUUGAAAUACCCUGUACAUACUUGUAUCAUUCGAUAGAUAUGACAGAUUAUGCCAAUUUUCUGAUCAAUAUAUAUAAAUAGAGAUGAACGGACAUGUACUUUUUGUUAGUGAUAACUGGUCAGUUGGAAAAUGGCUUCUAAGGUGUUGUACUUGAUGCUCGCAUUUGUGGCCGCCGUAUCGGCAGCGCCCAACACUCGUCUCGUGGGCGGUGAGCACACCACCAUAGAGCAGUUUCCGUACAUCGUCGCCCUGGUGUACUAUUACCCCAGGCCUGCCAUCAGAGUACAAAGAUGCGUAGGUUCGUUGAUCUCAUCUUGGCACGUAGUGACUUCAGGCUAUUGUUUCACUGGCGCUAUCCUUGAUAAUAUGGAGAUCCGAGCUGGCUCUACCAACGCCUUAUCCGGUGGUACCGUGGUCCGUGUAGGACAGGUGACCAAGUACCCUGGGUACGUUGAAGAGCCAAAGUCUGGUGAUCUUGCCGUGAUCCGCUUGGCUACGGCCCUGGGCAUCAGCAACACGGUCAACGUGCUCUUCCUUCCUCCUCAAAACACUUUUAUCCCCGAUGGCACUUCUCUUACCACCGUUAGCUGGGGUUUUGAAUACGUAGGUGGCCCACAGCUGGAGACCCUGAAAACCAUCACCCAAAGAAAGAUCAACAUUGAGCGAUGCAAAGCCAUUUACAGUGGUUCUACUAAAGUCGACAUUUCUGACCGCGUGAUCUGCGCCAACGAGGUCGGCCGCAGCACUUGCUUCGGCGACUCCGGAGCGCCCAUGGUCAUCGGCCAAGUUCUAGUCGGCACUGCUUCCUACCACGAGGGCUGCGGUGACGACGACCACCCCGAUGUCUUCACCAGAAUCGACACCUAUACCAACUGGAUCAUGCAGGUGGCUACCGCGCCUGGAAGGAGUGGCUCCGAAGCGAAGAUAGCACCUGUACAAUUUUAACUUAAUUUUAGACGAUUUUAUCAUUUUAAAGCAAGUUCUCUAAGAACUCCCAAUCAUUAAAUCAACAGACCAGAAGAGGCUUAUAAUACACAUAUAAUGGAAAAGUAUAUUUCUUUAAAAUAGUAAUGUGGGAUUAGCUCAAAGUAAAUUACCAUUUUUUUGGAAAAGUAACAAAAUUUAAUAUGUUAACACGCAUCGUAAAAUAUUCACACUCCUAAUAUUACUUGCUCAGUGCUCAUAAUGCCCGAUCGCCAUCUUAAUCUUCUCCCUUCCGUCCCUUUCUUCCUCAUACAUUCAUCCCUCUCACUUUAAAUGUUCCGUUUCUCACAGUAAUGCAUAAUUGAAUGAUAUCUUUAAGUACCUACGUCGCCACUUACCGAUUAAUAGGCCAACAACUCAUUGCUGUUUUGACUGAUGACGUCACUAGUAAAAUUAAUAAAUAAAUUAGGUUUAAGUUCAUAAGUCUGAUCAUUUGUGUGCCUUUAUUUGUGUAUAUUUUUAUUUGUGUACCAAAAAAUCUUAACUCAGAUUUAUCAAAAUAAAUUUAUUUGUUAAGUACAUAA